GCCUGCGGGGCGGGGCCUGGGCCAAGUGGCCCGCGGGAGGUGGCGGCGCCGGUUCAGCCUGCCGCUCUGUGCCGCGGUCGCCGCCGUCUCUUUCCUCCAGGCCUCCCCGGCCGUCGCCGUCCCCCGUCCCCGGUCCCCGGCCCUCGCCGCAGCCCCGGCCCGUGGUCCCCGGCCCUCGCUUAGCCCCGGCCGCCCCGCCGCCGCCAUGUCCAAGGAGGAGCACGCCGGGCGCGAGGAGAUCCUGGAGAGCCAGGUGAUGUGGGAGCCUGACAGCAAGAAGAACACGCAGAUGGACCGCUUCCGGGCGGCCGUGGGCGCCGCCUGCGGCCUGGCGCUGGAGAAUUAUGAUGACUUGUACCACUGGUCUGUUGAGUCAUAUUCAGACUUCUGGGCAGAGUUCUGGAAAUUCAGUGGAAUCAUCUUCUCACGCACGUAUGAUGAGGUUGUGGACACGUCGAAAGGAAUCGCAGAUGUUCCCGAGUGGUUCAAAGGCAGUCGUCUCAACUAUGCAGAAAACCUCCUGCGGCACACAGAGAACGACAGAGUGGCCCUCUACGUGGCACGGGAAGGCAAAGAGGAAAUUGUGAAGGUGACUUUUGAAGAGCUGAGGAGAGAAGUGGCUUUGUUUGCAGCAGCAAUGAGGAAAAUGGGUGUGAAGAAAGGAGAUCGGGUCGUUGGUUAUUUACCCAACAGUGAGCACGCGGUCGAGGCGAUGCUGGCCGCGGCAAGCAUCGGCGCCAUCUGGAGCUCCACGUCCCCCGACUUCGGUGUGAAUGGUGUGCUGGACCGGUUUUCUCAAAUUCAGCCAAAGCUCAUCUUCUCUGUGGAGGCUGUUGUCUAUAACGGCAAAGAGCACAACCACAUGGAAAAGCUGCAGCAGGUGGUUAAAGGCCUCCCAGACUUGAAGAAAGUAGUGGUGAUUCCUUACGUGUCCUCCAGAGAGAAGAUAGACAUUUCGAAGAUUCCAAACAGUGUGUUUCUGGAUGACUUUCUUGCCACCGGCCCCAGCGAGCAGGCCCCGCAGCUGGAAUUCGAGCAGCUGCCCUUCAGCCACCCACUGUUCAUCAUGUUCUCAUCGGGCACCACGGGCGCGCCCAAGUGCAUGGUGCAUUCCGCUGGGGGCACCCUCAUCCAGCAUCUGAAGGAGCACCUGCUGCACAGCAACAUGACCAGCAGUGACAUCCUCCUGUGCUACACCACGGUAGGCUGGAUGAUGUGGAACUGGAUGGUGUCCCUUCUGGCCACAGGAGCGGCCAUGGUCUUGUACGAUGGCUCCCCGCUGGUACCCACGCCCAACGUGCUCUGGGAUCUGGUUGACAGGAUCGGCAUCACUAUCCUGGUAACUGGGGCCAAGUGGCUGUCGGUGCUGGAAGAGAAGGCCAUGAAGCCGGCGGAAACCCACAGUCUCCAGAUGCUCCACACGAUCCUGUCCACCGGCUCCCCGCUGAAAGCCCAGAGCUACGAGUACGUCUACAGGUGCAUCAAGAGCAGCGUCCUCCUGGGCUCCAUCUCAGGAGGCACCGACAUCAUCUCCUGCUUCAUGGGCCAGAAUGUUUCUAUUCCUGUGUAUAAAGGGGAGAUUCAGGCCCGGAACCUGGGCAUGGCCGUGGAGGCGUGGAACGAGGAAGGGAAGGCGGUCUGGGGAGAGAGCGGCGAGCUGGUGUGUACUAAGCCGAUCCCUUGCCAGCCCACACACUUCUGGAACGAUGAGAACGGCAGCAAGUACAGGAAGGCGUACUUCUCCAAGUUCCCAGGUAUCUGGACUCAUGGCGACUACUGCAGAAUCAACCCCAAGACCGGGGGCAUCGUCAUGCUUGGCCGGAGUGACGGCACACUCAACCCCAACGGGGUGCGGUUUGGCAGCUCAGAAAUCUAUAACAUUGUGGAAUCCUUCGAGGAGGUGGAGGACAGCCUGUGUGUCCCCCAGUAUAGCAGGUACGGGGAGGAGAGGGUGAUCCUCUUCCUGAAGAUGGCCUCUGGGCACACCUUCCAGCCUGACUUGGUGAAGAGGAUCCGUGACGCCAUCCGUGUGGGCUUGUCUGCGCGGCACGUGCCCAGCCUCAUCCUGGAAACCAAGGGCAUCCCGUAUACACUCAAUGGCAAGAAAGUGGAGGUUGCCGUCAAACAGAUGAUCGCGGGAAAAGCUGUGGAGCAACGAAGUGCUUUCUCGAACCCCGAGGCCCUGGAUCUGUACUGGGACAUCCCUGAGCUGCAGGGCUUCUGAGUCGGACUGGCUGGCAUGUCGCUCAGCCGCCCCCGCGUGCACUGUAACUUUCGUAUGCUCAAGAAAUGACACAGAAACCUACAGCUGUUGUAAAAGAUGUUCGCACCAGGUGUUCUGCAGGCUUGGGGAGGGAUUGUUUCUCUGUUUUGUUGUUAAAUCUGGUGGGUUCCUACACUUGAUCUUAGCCAAAAGGCCGAGAAGCGAUAAAAAUCUGGUGGGUUCCUGGAUCUUCCACACACUGGAAGCGGGAUCCUGGCCUUCAGAGACCAGGAGGGCGUGUCUGGGCCACGUGUGAGGCACUGUGGUGAGAGUGAGUGUCUGCACACACAGGGCAGCGGGAUCAGUGUGGCUAGCUGGUGCUGAGGACAGACACUCCUGAGCAUUUACACCCUGUCUUCAAUCGCCGCCUCCCUUUGUCCCACUCGGCUCUGUGAGGGUGCAAAUCCCUUUCUUCCCUUCCCAGCUCAGGCUCUCCUGUUUUCCCUCAGGGCCCAUCAUGCCUUUGAGCUUUAGCUAUUACAAGAGAAACCCGGUGACUUGACACAGCUUUUCACAGCUGGCUGUUAGGACCGGCAGGCUGGCUGCUCACAUGCUGUCUGUGUCGUGGAUGCAAUGUGGUCCCUGGAGGACCUAAUGUCCUCAUUCAACCAGAGCAUGCCUCGGGGCCAGCUUCCCUCCAAGGAACGAGUGGAUUUUAUACAGGAUCUCUUUACUGUACAAACUUGAAUGGCUUUACGUGUUUCUACCGUUAAUUAGGUUUGCAAAGCAGCGGGUGUCCACUCGUGUUCCUCAUGGGUGAGCCCUCCAGCUGUGAGCCCAGACCACGCAGCCACCGAGGGUCCUCAGGAGGAACCGCAUCACUGCUGCCUCCACCUGCCAGUCUCGGGGGUUCCUGUCGGGAUCACGUCAUCAGGACUCCUAAGUCAAGUCACGGGUUUCCAUAGCCAGGCGGUUGGGAUGUACCAUUCAGUUCAAUAUAUGAACCUGUAUCUGUAAUCUAAUGUUCAUUUUGGUAUUUUUUUGAAACUAAGCACAAUGAAAUCCUUUCUGGAAUCCUUCUGGAUUAUACAAAAUAUAGAGGAAAGUGCAAUGAUGAAUUUUAUGCAAUAAACAUAGACGUGUGUGUGCACAAGCACCCACGACGCACGCA